AUACCCCUGAGAUGAAAACUGUAAUUCGCCAAACUGGAGCUGCUUCGACUGGAUAUUCCAAUGAGUAUUGGAGCUCCCAUUAUCAGAAUGGAGAGGAUUUCUUUGGAUAUCCGCCUCUAGGUCCAUCUGAGAGAAUAUGAACCAGACUAAGAAGCCCAGCCCUCCAGAGGAUGUCCCACCACCUCCUUCUUCAACGACCUCCGUUUGGGACUUCCUGAAUCCGUUUGAUGGAAUUGACCAAGGGAUCUCGAGUUACAUGGGUUAUGGAAGCCAUGCAUAUGGGUCAGCUAAUUGUAGCCCGGAUUCGGGUGAAGUGAGGAGGAGGGAGGGGAUUCCUGAUUUGGAGGAUGAAACAGAAAUCGAGAUGCACGUGAAUGAACCUGUGGUGAAGAAGAUGAGUAGCGAUUUCAAGAAAAAGAGGGCAGGAGAGGGGACUUCAGGUACCCGUGGAAAGUCCUUGCAAAGGCGCAGCACUGGGGUAGAGCAAUCAAUGAAAAGAAUGUCUCGUAGGAAACCAACUGUGUCAUCCAAAUACGCGGAAGAAUACCUUUCUAAAAAGCCAAUGCCCACUAAAUCUGGUAAGGGUUCUCCGGUUUCAAGAGGAUCACCAUCACAAGACAGUUCUGACAGUAGCCCCAAACCACAUUCAUCAGGAAAUGAAGAGUGCUCUAUCUGUGAUGUUACAGGUUCAACCAAUGUAUCAGAGGAGAAGGCCAGUUCUGACACCAUUGUAUCAAAGAGUCCCUGAGAUGGAAAUGUUAAGACAAAAGGAGUGACUUUUGAGGUAGAUCGUGAAUUUGUAUCUUCAAAGUUAAGUAAUUUGGAUAAUACUGCUUCACGUGGAACAAGAGAUCUUCGAGAGGUUGUGGCUGAAAUCAGAGAUGGAUUUGAGAUUGCUUCAAGUUGUGGGAGGGACAUAGAUGUGAUGCUUGAGGUUGGAAAGCUGCCUUACCACCCUACAUUCAUUCGAGGUACAAUAUCCUGUGUAUGCGUCUUAGUCUAGAGCUUCCUUGUCGCUGCUGCUGUGGAAUUAAU